AUGUCCACUUACAACAACACAAAGUUGGACGCCAACGAGCUCAACCAACGUCGUCGCGAGGCACUUUCCAAGAUUGAUAAUGCCGAGUUUGGCUGGUUCCACAUCCGCGCCUGUUUGGUCGCCGGUGUUGGUUUCUUCACCGAUGCCUACGAUUUGUUCGCCAUCAACCUUGUCACCCCCAUGUUGGGCAUGAUCUACUACGGUGGUACUCUCCCCUCUGAUUUGGAUCUUGGUAUCAAGGUCGCCGCCUCUGUUGGAACCUUCAUCGGUCAGAUCGUUUUCGGUGCCCUUGCCGAUCGCUUGGGACGCAAGCGCAUGUACGGUGUCGAGUUGAUGAUUAUUAUUGUUGCUACCCUCGGUCAGGCUCUCUCUGGAAACGGUCAUGUCCUCUCGCUCCCCUCUGCUUUGAUCGUCUGGCGUCUCAUUGUCGGUGUCGGUAUCGGUGGUGACUACCCUCUAUCUGCCGUCAUCACCUCCGAGUUCGCCACUACCAACCGUCGCGGUGCCAUGAUGGCCGCUGUCUUUGCCAUGCAGGGAUUCGGUUACCUCACCACCGGUAUCGUCGCCAUCAUCCUCCUCGCUGCCUUCAAGACCUCCAUUCAGACUGACGUCCAAAACCUCGACUAUGUCUGGCGUAUCCUCAUUGGUUUCGGAUGCUUGCCUGCCCUUGUCGCCGUCUACUUCCGUUUGACCAUCCCCGAGACCCCCCGUUACGUCUUGGAUAUCGAGAACAACCUCAACAAGGCCGAGCGCGAUGUUGCCACCGUCCUCAAGGAGAACCGCAACCACCUCCAGUCCGAGGAUGAUGCUGCCGAUGCCAUCAUUUCCAACCCCGCCACCGCCAAGGGCUCCUUCUCCGACUUCUGCGCCUACUUCGCCAAGUGGGAGAACUUCAAGGUUCUUUUCGGUACCUCCAUGGCCUGGUUCGCUCUUGAUGUUGCCUUUUACGGUAUCGGUUUGAACAACUCGUUCAUCUUAUCGUCCAUCAACUUUGGCGGUGUCAAGAAUGACAACUGGACCACCUGCUGGAACGCCGCCGUCGGCCAGAUCAUCAUCGUCCUCCUUGGUGCCGUCCCCGGUUACUGGGUCACUGUCUUCACCAUCGAGCGCCUCGGCCGUAUCCGCAUCCAGAUCAUCGGUUUCGUCAUGUCCUGCAUCCUCUUCUGCGUCCUCGGAUUCGCCUACCACCAAAUCAAGGACUACUCCGUCGCCCUCUUUGUCUUCCUCUUUGCCGCCACCCAGUUCUUCCAGAACUUCGGCCCCAACUCGACCACCUUUGUCAUCCCCGGUGAGGUCUUCCCCACCCGCUACCGCUCCACCGGUCACGGUAUCGCUGCCGGUUCCGGAAAGCUCGGUGCCAUCAUUGCCCAGGUCGGUUUCUCCCAGCUCAAGGAUCGCGGUGGCUCCAACGCCUUCAUCCCCCAGUUGCUCCAGAUCUUUGCCCUCUUCAUGCUCAUCGGUCUCCUUGUUACUUUCCUCAUUCCCGAGACUAAGGGCAAGACCCUCGAGGAGCUCUCCAACGAGGAGGAGCCCUAUGUCCACAACACCAACUCCUUGAACGAGGAGAAGUAA